UUUCUCUUGAGUUUUGAAAACACGUGCAGCCUAUUAAAUCCUACAGAUGGCCUUUGUCGAACAUGCAGUGGAUGGCAUCUCGAUGAGCCUCGUCCACCCAAGGUACUUACACAGUAACUCAACCAGCCACACUUGGGCGUUUAGCGCUGUAGCAGAGCUGAUUGAUAACGCCUACGACCCUGAGGUUGGAGCAUCACGAAUAGACAUCGACGUCACUGAACGAGGUGGACAAACAUGCUUGACCUUUCUAGACAACGGGGUCGGCAUGGAUAUAGACAAGCUGUACAUGCUGCUGAGUUUCGGAUUUUGUGAAAAGGAAAGCUAUGACAGAAAUAACUUACGAAAACCUAUUGGUCAGUACGGCAACGGCUUCAAGUCUGGAACGAUGCGUUUGGGCAAGGACGUCAUCGUGUUCACCAGACGCAGGAAGACUGCCAGUGUGGGGUUCCUGUCACAGACCUACCUGCAGGCUAUAGAGGCCAAGUCUGUGCUGGUGCCUCUGCUGGAGUAUGAACUGCCAGGAUAUACUCGAAAACGCAACCUGGAUGCUAUCAAACAGCAUUCAAUAUUCAAGACAGAAGAGGAGUUGUUGGCUGAACUAAGGAACUUGGAGUCAACCGUGGUCGGGACCAAAAUAAUUAUUUAUAACUUAAACAAACGGCUUGCAGACGGAAACCUUGAACUUGAUUUUGUGAGCGACGUGCAUGACAUCAACUGCCCCGAUUCAUACAUGCCCGAGAUUAAAAACGACAGUCAAACAACAGUAGUUGAUAAUAAGUACAGACAUUCAUUAAGGGAAUACUGCAGCAUCCUGUAUUGCCGGCCGAGGAUGAAGAUACACAUUCGGGGAGAAAUGGUCGAACUAAAACUAAUGAGCAAAUCUUUGAGCCAAACAGAAACUGCCUGGUACAAGCCAUCAUGGCUGGGGUCACCCGUUAAAAUAACAUUCGGAUUUUCGUGUGAGGAGAACACAGAAGAUUACGGCAUGUUGUUGUACCACAGAAACAGGCUGAUUAAAGCUUAUGAGAGGGUUGGAUGCCAGAGAAAACGAAACGAGGAAGGGAAGGGUGUUAUAGGGGUGGCAGAAGUUGAUUUCCUUACCCCAACUCACAACAAGCAGGACUUUGCCAUGGACGACAAAUACAAUACCGUGAUGGCUGUUUUUGCAACCAAACUCAAAGAUUAUUGGAAUAAAUACAAAGAUCAAAUGAGCAUAAUAAAAAGACACCAGCCCGACUCGGUGUGGAAUCAAUGCGACACGUGUCUGAUGUGGCGCCGUUUGCCUGAUGGAACUCAACUAGAUUCACUUCCAAAGCCAUGGUACUGCCACAUGAAUCCCGAUGAGAAAUACAAAUAUUGUUUUAUAGAAGAGGAACUAGAAAAAGACGAUCAAAUAAAGGGGCGGAAAAAACGAUCUGGUGCUAAAAAAGCAAAUGCCACCCCAGGAAAUAUAACCACUGAACCUCAGCCGUCAACAUCCGCUAACUCAGAGGAAAUAACUUCACUGGACGACAGCCUUGAGACCAUUCAACCUGAACCUGUCGAGGCGGAACUAGACAGCUCUCCAGCAAGUCCUCAUGACGUCACCGCUGCCCACAAUGUUACGCCCCGGGCUUCACCGAGAAUCCAAAACAAAAGAAAGCGACCGGCGAGUGUUGACGACCAAGGCGCUUCCACAUCCGGUCCAGAUGAAACUCCCCGCAGGAAGGUGAAAAACGAAUCCCGCACGCCGGAAAAAGUUCGCAGUAAGAUUGCGAUAAAAAAUAAAUUCGUUAACCAAAACAGAAGCCUGAGAAAUAGGAUGAUCCCCAUGGCAAUGACAACUACAAAGAAAAAGUCACCUAAGGGAAAAGCAAAAAUGCUUAAAGCCACGCCAGUGAAAGCUGCAUCGAGAGAUACGGAGUUGCAUAGAAAAGUAUCGCUAAGAAGUUCUUCAGUGCCUAGAGGUACAAUACCUAGAGUGACGAGGACACGUGCACUUGGUCAAGCUGAGUCAAAUAAAAGAGAGGGCACAUCUGCAGUUGGUCGCUCAGAGAGUAAUGUCUAUCCAGCAAUUAAUAAUUUAAAUCACUCAGAAUCACAAUCGUCAACAAUGAAAUCAUUCAACCAUAAGGAUGUACAAACAUAUAUCACUGGCAGUGACACGGACGAGAGAAUGGCGAUAUUUGCCAAUAAAGUUGACCUCCUGCUGUCACUAAUAAUUCCUGAGAAAUACACAUCUGAUGUGGAUAAAGUAGAGGAGAUGGUCGAUUGCUUGAUAAAGGCGUACACGGAAUCACAAGAGCAAAUAAGCAGCUCAUAGGAGGACUUCAUCACUAACGGGAUUCAUCUUUUACUAACAUAUUAAGCAGCUUACAUUAUAUUAUUCAGUUUUAUGUUCAUGGUUGUGG